AAACAAACAUAUUCAAGUUAAUCUUACAAAGGACUGACACGUUCCAAACUUAAUUAAAAUAAAAAAAUAGGCCUAAAAAAAGAGAACAGAAGAAAGUGUAAAAUUCAAGUGAAAAAAAUUCAAAGUGAAAAUGCACGGUGAAGCACCAGAGUUUAAAAGAUGUUGUUUCUGCUUACCUUUAAGAAAGGGCUUGAUUGCUUGGGGAUAUUUUAAAUUGCUUCUCAACGUUUUGGCCCUCAUAUACGUUGGAGUCAUAGCCUCUAUCUAUACGAGGAGGACUUGGAGACCGGUAGAAGCCAGAGAUAUUGUCAUUCUGUCGUUUAUGGCCAUAUGUUUACUCGUUGAUAUGUCCUUCGACAUUGUCUUUAUCGCCGCUGGACAUAAGAAAGAUGUGAAGUUACUGCAAAUAUCUUACAUUUACAACAUCGUAUGGCUGGUCCUAUUGACGCUAGGCAACUGCUUCCAACUCUACAUGAACGUGAGCAUGUCUUACAGAAUGUGGAAAUACUCGGAGUACCGCAAAUAUAUCGUGUUCGAUUUGCUCCUCUGUGCGGGAUUCGCUUUUGGACUUAUUUUUACACAAAUAUACCUGGUACUGCUGAUACGAAGUGAGAUAAAAAAGCUGCGUCAUCAGACAUUAGGAAUGCAGUUCACAAAUCACGCAGCCACAGGAGAGCCGCAGUGCACGCUUCACAACACUGAAUGCACGGAUGGGAAACCAGCUGUGCACAACUGUACGGAGAAACAAUAUGUGCACAACUGUUGCACGGAGAAGCAAGGUGUACAAAACUGUUGUGCACGGAAGCAAGGUAUGCAAAACUGUUGCACAGAGAAACAGGCUGUGCAAAAUUGCACAGGUAAGAAAUUAAGUACGGAGGAAUGUUGCACGGACAAGAAUCAAGGACAGGACUGUUGCACCAAUAUAGAACGAGUUGUCUAAAACUACACGAAAGAGAAAUGUAAUAAAAUGAAAGGUCUGUAACUUGAUAGCACUGAUUAGGCUUAAAGAAUUUAACUUUUAUACGAUAUGAGUAGGAUAUGCGUAGGUAUAAGUUAAGAAAUAUGAAACAUGGGAAUACAUAUUACUUAAAAUAUGGAUUGAGACAGGAAUUAAACCCAAAAUCGCACAAUGCAUCUCUUGGUAACGGUAGUUUUGGAAAAAAAAAUCUAAUUUAUUUUUAAAUAAAUUAAUAUUUUUUAAACCAA